AUGCUAACCGACGGCUGUUUGAUUGAACUCGAUCUGUUUCGUGUCACUCUUCAGGUCAGCUUCGACUUGGUCUUCGCUUAUGUGGCGAUGCAAAAGUCAGAAUCACUGCUGCUUGCCUUUGCAGGUCCAGCUGGUCACGGAAAGACUGAACUUGCCGAGCAAUUGGGGGUCAUAAUAGGCGUGAAAUCGCUCUCAAUCAGCUGUGCAGAGAUCAGGACAUCUUGGGGUCUUUUAGGCUCGGAGACAGGGAUCGAGUUCACAGUGGUCAAGCAACCGGACCCGCAGCCGGAAAUUGAGCCAGGCAUGGAACCAGAUGCAGAGACUGCAACGGUUACGACCGCACCGAUCACAAUGGCAGAUGCAGCAAAUGAUCCAAUCGGGUUGCCACCUGGCUCACGCACCGGCUCAGCGACUAUUAGUACUUCUAGCACGCUGGGAGCACCGAAGAGGAAGAAGCGUAGGGAGGGAAAGACGCUAGCACCACCAGAGGCACAUCCGCCUUCUCCCGAGACAGCUGGCGGACGAGAAUUGCGACCCCGCGGCUCAGGUGGCAAAUACGUCAAGCCGCAAGAUGGUCCAACUGAAGUACCUAUGGAGUAG